AAGAUUAUUUCCCAAAAGUUAUUUGUGUUCUCGGCCAAUUUUACAAAGAAAAUUGGCGUUCGCGUGUAGCGGUGGCUAGCGUGCACUAACGCCAGCUAAAGUUCACAGCUAGCUACGGAAACACAAGCGCGUGCUAACUAGCUAGCUGGCUCAAGGUUCUAUCGACGUUUUUCCUGGCGGAUAGCUAACUAAAUCCCUGGGCUGUACUGCCUGAACCCUAGUGGCAAGUGUGGAUGAAGGAAGCAUGCAGACCAUAAAGUGUGUGGUGGUGGGCGAUGGUGCCGUGGGUAAGACUUGCCUUCUAAUCUCCUACACAACAAACGCCUUCCCGGAGGAGUACAUCCCCACCGUGUUCGACAACUACAGUGCCCAGAUAAGUGUGGACGGCCGCGCCAUCAGCCUCAACCUGUGGGACACGGCCGGCCAGGAGGAGUACGACCGCCUGCGCACCCUCUCCUACCCCCAGACCAAUGUCUUCAUCAUCUGUUUCUCCAUCGGCAGCCCCUCCUCUCAUGCCAACGUACGACACAAGUGGCACCCAGAGGUAUCCCACCACUGUCCUGGAAUUCCAGUGCUGCUGGUGGGCACCAAGAAGGAUCUGCGUGGAGAUGUGGAGGCGGUGAAGAAGUUGAAGGAGCACGGCCUGGCCCCCACCAACCAACAGCAGGGUAAUGCCUUAGCCAAGCAGAUCGGCGCCGUCAAAUACCUGGAGUGCUCAGCUCUGAUGCAGGACGGUGUGAGGGAGGUGUUUGAAGAGGCCGUGCGAGCUGUGCUCUACCCCGUAACCAAGAAAAAUGGAAAGAAGUGUGUUGUGUUAUAACUAUGUGCCUAGACUGUAGGGGGACUGGGGGAAGAGACUAACGAUUGGCACUGCCAUUUUGGCUCCCAAUAUGCCUUCCACGUUCUAACCCUUGCCACUUGUUAGCAUUGCCUGGCUUCAAUAUUAAUUGGUUGUUUGUCAAGAGGUCCUCUCCACUAAGAUGUGGUUUUAAUUGAUGCCAACAGCCUUCCUAUGGAUUUCUUUGUAUCUCUGAAUUCAAAACUACAGUGACGAUGCUGAGGGAUUUCAAUGGUGCCUUCUCAGCAACUUGCUGCCUUGUCCUCACUGGCUGUAUGUUUAAGAAGAUUACAAUUGAUUUGACACCUUUGCUUUUCUCCUUCAUCAGGCCAGUCUUGUAAUGUGUUGAUCUUUUUUUGUGAACUUUGCUCUUGUUUUCAUCAGAUGUGAUUUACAGGAAUGUUGUGUCAAUCAGUAGCCACUGUUAAACAUUAUGUUCAUUCCUCUGUGCCAUUACAGUAAUAGUUGUAGUGUGGAUUGUCAAUAAGAUAGUUUGCCUUUAACGUGGUUCAUAAGCCAGGGUCACAGGAUAUCUGCCGAACUACCCUUGCUGGUAUGAGACAAGCACGGGUGUAUGUAUGACACUGUCACCCUGAACACAUGCACAAUUUGAUUAGAACAGUCUGUCUCCUAUUGCUCUGUUACACUCUCUUACUCUGUAAAACCAUGAGCUUGCCAUUCUGCUUUGUCAAAACAAAGUCCUGAUUGUGUCAGAGUGAAUACAGAUUUGGGUAGCUGCUAAGUAAACAGAUGCCCUAAAGAUUUAUUUUUGUAUUGCUGGUGGGAAAAGUCAGGAAGCAAUAAUUUGAGUGUUCAGUGAUUAACACCCCCCAAAAGUCUAACUCUGUCAGCUGACCUGCUUAUGGGUAGACUUUAUUUUUUUGUCUGAAGAAAACAGAAACCACAAGUAAACUACAUUCUAUGUUCUAUUGUAACUGAUUGAAAUCGGUGCUAAAUAAUGCUACACAUUAGGAUGUCAUAAAAGUUGUUUAGUGUUACUGGCCUCAUUGAGGAAUGCGUGUUGAAGGUACCACAUAUCAGCAGUAAUGCUGCUUAUUCCUGGCUAACUGUUAACUUAUCUAAGUGUAAUGGCAAGUAUGUAUGGCUAAUACUGCAACAGGAGCUGCAAUCCUAACAGUUACUUGUGCUGCAUGAACAUGCUUGUUGGAGAGUGGAAGGCAUAGGCCUACAUUUUUACCCAAACUACUCUAGCAGGAUUUUUUUUCAUUGUCUGGUGGUAUUAUUGGUAUGAAUAUUUCUGUCGUUUGCCUCGUCCCUUUGUGAUGGCAUAUGGGAUCUGUAAUGAGUUGAUGUGCAGCUUCUGUAAUUAAGAGCCACAGGGUCAGCUGGUUUUUCCCAUCAGACCAAAUUCAAUUUAGUGGUGUGAAGUAUUGCAUUUUAGGUAUAAUUCAUAGAAAUUUGCUGACUGGACAAUACAUGUGGUGGAAACCUGCAGAGUCUAGCACUUGAGAACUGAAGUUGCGCUUCCUCUGUGUGGAAGUCUUUGCCUUCUCAAACAGAUGGAAUUCAUUCUACCCCAACACUGACUGAUAACAGAUUGGUUCUGGUGGAAUGUAAUAGUUUUUUAAAACCAGAAACCUGCUAUGAAAUGUACAUCUAAUUGCCAAAAUAAAGGAAACACUUGAGGAAUAAAAGUAUAUUGAAAGCA